AUGUUUCUGGUUCUCGGCGAAGAAAACGAACUGUUUGUUGCAGGUGUGGUGCACGAGCACCCUCGAGUGAUGGGCUCCGAUGGCGAAAGCGAGGAAGCUUCGGGAGCAUCAGAUGAUCUCGUCCGCAUGCGUCACAAAAACGUCUCACGGGUAUCCAAAGAAGACAUCUCGAAACGACUGUCGCUACCUGCUGACCUACACUUGCCGGAAACUUUUCUCGCCAAGAGCCCCGUUUCCGCCAUUCUCGAGGGACCCCUCACUCGGAAUAUUCGUCGACAGAGUUUGGCUGAAAUUGGGUUCGGGCGAAGCGAGACGUACACAAAGUUAGAUAAACUCGGCGAGGGAACCUAUGCCACCGUAUACAAAGGCCGAUCCAAGCUGACCAAUAACCUCGUCGCUCUCAAGGAAAUACGGCUCGAACACGACGAAGGAGCACCCUGCACAGCGAUCCGGGAAGUUUCCUUGCUGAAAGACCUCAAGCACAAUAAUAUCGUCACACUCCAUGAUGUAGUGCAUACAGAGAAGAGUCUCACACUCGUGUUUGAAUACCUCGAGAAAGAUUUGAAGCAGUACAUGGAGGACCAUGGUAACUACAUGACCACGAACAAUAUCAAGAUUUUCCUCUUCCAACUCCUAAGAGGCUUGGCUUAUUGUCACAAGAGGCAAAUACUCCAUCGAGACCUGAAACCACAGAAUCUGUUAAUCAAUGAGAAGGGAGAGCUCAAGUUGGCCGACUUCGGUUUAGCGCGAGCCAAGUCGGUUCCCAUCAAGACGUUUAGCAAUGAGGUUGUCACGCUUUGGUACCGUCCUCCCGACGUCCUUCUCGGGGAAACAAAUUACAACACAUCGAUCGAUAUGUGGGGCGUGGGCUGUAUUUUCUACGAGAUGGCCGACGGCAGACCUCUAUUCCCAGGGAUCGACGUUAGGGAUCAGCUGGAGAACAUUUUCAAGGUACUCGGCACCCCGACGGAAGAGAGAUGGCCAGGAAUAAUGGAGAACGAAAAUUUCCUGAGAUAUAUGUUUUUGAGUCAGUCAGUAGACAUUCAUAAUAGAGUUCCCAGACUAGGUCAGGAUGGUAUCAAUCUUCUCUUCGCACUCCUCCGGUACGAGCCGAAAAAACGGAUCUCAGCAGCGGAAGGCAUGCGGCACCCCUACUUCGAUUCUUUCGGACCGAAUAUCCUCAAGUUGCCGGAUACGGCCUCAAUUUUCACCCUGCCCGGCGUAGCGUUAUCUAAAACGAGUCAAAACUCGCGGAUCGAGGCUAAGAGACAUUCCUUGCUAAGUCUAUAGUGAACUUUCAUCGCCAAGAAACGACCGACUCGGUGCUGAGAAAUUUGUGCAUCAAGGGACGACUUCCCAUGCUCCAAUCAAUCGAAUUAUGAUAACCGCCAACCCUUCAGUCGGACUUCGACAUCGACGGGUCGACUAAGCCGGGAACGAGCCCGAAGUGAAUAUUGUCCGAGCUGAAAGAAAUUCUCAAAACGUCCGCUGGAUAACCUUGAAGAAAUGUAUAAAGGUUUUUGAUACCCUGUACUACUGUACAUAGGCAGAAUCCGUGCAGAGCUCAAUCGAGCGAACAUAUCUACCAUCCGUGGAUUCCGUUUCCCACCUCACCGUAGACCUGAUGGCGAUGAUGACAGGAGCAACAUGACCGCGAUGAUCAUCGACCGGAGUGAUAUGACCGUCCGCCUGGUUGACACACUUGAUUGUUGAUCACGUAUCUUCUAGCUCAAUUCUAUUCGACCAAGCACGAGAUUCGAAUUGGUGCGAACAUACCUUUCUGCAGUGUAAGUGCAGAAGAAUCGGACGAGAG